UAUAGCCACUAUGAGGUCACUUGUCUUCCUUGUUCUCCUCGGAGCAGCUUUUGCUCUGGACGAUGACAAGAUUGUUGGAGGGUAUGAGUGCAAAGCCAACUCCCAGCCCUGGCAAGUGUCUCUGAACGUUGGCUAUCACUUCUGUGGUGGCUCGCUGAUCAACGAGAACUGGGUCGUGUCUGCUGCUCACUGCUACAUGUCUCGUAUUGAGGUUCGUUUGGGUGAGCACAACAUCCAGGUUAACGAGGGCACAGAGCAGUUCAUUACCUCUUCUAGUGUCAUUCAAAACCCCAACUAUAACUGGUGGACCCUGGACAGUGACAUCAUGUUGAUCAAGCUGAGCCAGCCUGCCAGCUUGAAUGCGUAUGUGCAGCCUGUGGCUCUGCCCACGAGCUGUCCCUCCGCUGGCACCAUUUGCCUUGUCUCUGGCUGGGGAAACACCAUGAGCUCCACGGCUGACAGCAACAAGCUGCAAUGUCUGGAAAUCCCCAUUCUCUCCACAACUGAUUGUGACAACUCCUACCCUGGCAUGAUCACUAACACCAUGUUCUGUGCUGGCUACCUGGAGGGAGGCAAGGACUCCUGCCAGGGUGACUCCGGUGGUCCUGUGGUGUGCAAUAGUCAGCUGCAGGGUGUUGUGUCCUGGGGAUAUGGCUGUGCUGAGAAGAACCACCCUGGUGUUUAUACCAAGGUCUGUGUGUUUACUGACUGGAUCAGGGACACAAUCGCUAGCAGUUAAAUCUGCUACCUCAUGCAAGACAACACCAUGCAGUCAGAACAACAACUCAAAUGCAAUUAAAAUAAUUUUAAAAAGUGUA